CCUCUUGCUCGUCCCAUACCUCUGCAGUGGCUUAUUCUUUCCUGCGCUGGCUACAGACACACACCGCCCCCCUCUACCCCUCCUCUGGCCACUCAUCCCAGCAUGCGGCGCGUAUUCAGGGGUAGGACCGACAGUCUUUUCCCCAGACUGAAAGUGGAGCUCUGUGCUGCAGCUGCUGCUGAAUGAAUGCAGCAUUUCAUGCGUCUACAACCACUCUGAGUGAGACAGAGUGUCAGCGAGACACUGCCGGCAACUGAAAGCCACUGAUCUGAAGAUCAGAACAACGGAUCAGACCUAGAGUAUCCCGCCCAAGACACACAGCGGAAGACUUGACCAGGGACAGACAGACAGGCACAAGUGGGCAGACGGUCUGACAUGGAGUUGCAACAAGGUAGAUCAAUCCUGCACAGGUGUGCGAGGUCCGGCGAUGUAGUCCAUGCAGGUCUGGUCGUCACACUUCUGAUUGGAGUGUGGUACGCUCAGGCUUUGGAGGUGAAUACAGGGAAGGUCCAUUUUGUAGAAGUGAUGAAUGGAAGUUCAGUGCUCUUACCCUGCACUUACAGCAGCUGCAUCGGCAUUAAAAACCUUUACUUCAACUGGCAGUUCAAGGACAAUGGGACAAUGGUUAAGCUUUGUGAGGCCACUAUCCCAGCAGAAGGAGUAGAACCUAACGUGAAAAUCUAUCAUGAGCGGGUGGAGUUUGUCGGUUCCAGCAAGCACAGUAACAUCUCCAUCUUACUGCAUAACGUCACCUUCGAGGACCAGGGAGAGUACAUCUGCUUCGCCCGCAACCCUAAGGAAAAGGAACGCAACCAUAGUGCAAUUUUCACUCUUUAUGUGGUGGACGAAUUGAAAGUUGUGGACAACACAUUGACCUUAAUCAUUGUAUCCGUGCUCGGAGGGGUCAUAGGCCUGAUCAUUCUCAUAAUGGUGGUGAAAGCUGUAGUCAUUGCUGUUCUAAACAAGGUCCAGGAGAAGAAUAAAGAGUGCCUUGUGAGCUCUUCAGGGAACGACAAUACAGAAAAUGGCCUCCCGGGAUCCAAAGCAGACAGCAAACCAACACCAAAGGCAUGAAAACAGCAUGUAUGUGUACAUAUAUGAGCAUAUGUAUACAUGCAUAAUCAUAACAGAUUGAAAGAAAGUCAUAACAAUGGACAGUUUUAUUAUUUAUCUCAUGAGAAAAAAUGCUAUAUAUAAAUAUGUGAAAAUAUAUAUGAAAUAUAUUUUAGACUGUGCUUGAGGAAAUAUACGAAGUGCUGCAGGCUGGAUCACACCCUUUGCUGGACAGAAACGGCAUAAAACAUUAUCGUACUGCUAACAGAAAGGAAACGCUUUGGUGUGCUUGCAUUCUGCUCUGUCUUGUCUGUGAGAAACAGCACACGCACACUGCCUUCUUCACAAACUGCCAUAUCCGUUCAAUGCUCGACAGCACAAGACCCACAUAAUAAACUUUUCCAGUGCAACUUUACACAUCUUCACACUGCAUUCCAAAUGAUCCUGAGGUGGAAUCACUCACAAGUCAGUAACAAAGCAAACACAAACAGCCUUUAUGGACAAAUAUAAAACAAUUUACACAUAAAACCAUGGGUGCCUCUUGAAAUUGGAAUAUGUUUACCACCAAUUCAAGCAGCUAACCGAUUCUGAUUAUUAACCACUCCCGCUAAUUUCACAAGUGAUUAUGAGUCAUAAAGAGCAGGAUGUGAGUGCACUUGAAGGCCAGAAAUACACUCUACACAAUAGCACCCCUUGUGGCAAUGCUGAUAAUACAACACAAACUUGCAGUUCAUUAUACAUUGUAUUCUGACACGCUUUGUGUGUGAAAAUGAGGUUGCGUAGAGUAUUUUUCAUGUCUAAAAGCGUUGUUUAAAGGGUCAGAAGGGGGAAAAAAGGACUUACCAGAGAUGCAGAUAAGGGGUGUAUAUCCAGGAUCCAGCGAAGCACAGUUUAUUCUAUUCAUUUCUUUUCAUUUUGUCUGCUUUAGAUAAAACACAGGUGCCUGUAAACGCUUCAAGCUCCACAUGCUUCCUGGGAGCCUUCAAAUGCUAUAUAAAUAAAUUAAUGCUCACAUAAAAAAAAAAAAAAAAAAAAAAACACCUUAAAGACAAUCCCCAGAAACUAACUCCCUGUAGGAAAUGAAUGAUCUUCUGAUGCUGCUUUCAACAAAAAUAACCAA